CCUCAAUAUCUUAAACAAUAGCCAAUGAGAGAUUUAAGAAUGGACUGCUUUUUGGGAGCUAAAUCCACCGCCACAGACCCACCGUUGGCCGACCUCAGGGAUCCAGCGGCUGGUGACGCGCUGUGGUGCCUCUUCUUUGGUCAGUUCGCACUGGAGAAGUUGGAGCGAAUGGAGCUAAUGGAGCGGUGGUACCUCUGGGUCGAUUCUUGCUGCUUGUUUACAUGUUGCACGCAUAACUUGGGAUGGACUCGGGUCCGGGCCGGGUGGCCUGACCCGGAACCGGCCCGGGACCGGUACUGUUCCGGCCCGGCCCGACCCGGUGGCCCGGUCAGUGACCGGUCCGGGUAGGCCCGGCCCGUGGGUUUUCCGGUCCGGACUCGGGUCACCCAAAACAAGGCCCGACCCGGCCGGACCCGGGCCCGAUUCGGGCCAAAAUCUAUUUUUUUUCAAUGCUUUUUCAAUUUUCGGGUUGGGCUGGGUAUUUUGGGCCAUUUGGGGUGGUUUGGGGGGUUGGGGGUGGGAGGGGGGGUUAAUUAGGAAGAGGAAAAUAAAAAAAAUGAUAAUGGGCCCGGCCCGGCCCGGACCCGGACCGGACCCGGUGGUUACCCCGGCCGGUCCCGGGUCCACCAUUUCUGAACCGCCGGCCCGCCCGGGCCUAGGCCUGGCCCGGACCCGAGUCCAUCCCUACCCUCAGGGCUUGUUUCCUUGUUGCACUCCCUCAGGGCUUGUUUCCUUGUUGAGUUGUUGGUUAAUUGGACACUGGGCCAAGUUUAUUUUUGUUAUGGCCUGUUCUAAUUUUUUUAUAUACUAUACCUACAAUUAUUGGGACCUACCCUGGGCCAGGGCCCUGUAUG